UCGGCUUUUCAGUGGUCAGUUUCUUUAAAGAGCGUUGUUGAAGAACAUAUCAUAUACGAGUAUAAUAGAUUGUUUACUGACAGUAAUCGGUUAUUAAGUGAGACGACCGGUGACCCAUGAAAUUUGGUUCUUUAUGAUGUUCGGUACUGAUUGAUCCUUUUUAUAUGUACAAUUUUUUAAAAUGUGCUAUUACUUCAGUUUCGGAUAGUCCGGGCUCAAGCAGUGAGCUAUUCUGAAAUAUUAGGAUAAUACCGGUGCAAAAAAUCAUGAGGAGGCACAUUCAACAAUGGAUUUUAUGGAUAUUAUUGUCCGCUUCAUUUCUUGAUGUCUUUUGUGAAGAUGACGAAGUAACUGGCAGAGGUAAAAAAAAACAAAACUAGUCGAGAUGUGUUCGCCCCCCGUAUGGACUACGACCAAUGGAAACCUUUAGGAAGAGGAGAUCCGCUGAAGAACGAUCCAACGUAUGACUACGUUCCUCCAGUUCUCGAUCGCGUCCACUACUGGAUAGACCCCUCUUCCAGAAAACCAGAUGCUGCGCCUUCCGAAAACCACAAGACCGAAAUUCUACUCCUUGGCGUUUCCUCCAAGAAACCCAGUACAGGUAGCUACUCGGCAGAUUCGAGAAAAGACGUGUACGAUUCUUUCAUGAAAUUCGUCGAUGGUCCAAAGUUGAACAAUCACCAAAGAAUGUCGAGGCCACAAUUCAACACUGAUUUCUACCACACGUUCAACAGGAAGCAAUUUUCAGAAAGGAACGCAUACUCCAAAGGAAAUGAGCAGAGAAUCCCGUAUACUAUCCUAGUACCACCGCCUUUAUCAUUCAACAAACCCAGUACUUCUCAACCCCUUCCUCUCACCACAUUUUCUGACGUUGUUUUUUCAUCUUCUCCUCGACCUUCAGAUUCAUCAAAUGGUCCUUCAACAUCAGCUGCAUUCACAUCCCCUCCCCAUCUGAAAGACCACCAGUCGACGUCCUCGGAUAUCACAAUACAGCCUUCAAACCUCAUUUACUCCUCGAGUAGUUACAGCAGUCCAGAAGAAUGGAACAAGCCAGUUACUGAAAUCACCAGGUAUAAAUCCACUUGGAAAACAACACCACCGUCAAAUUCCCAACAUUCAAAUAGGAAUCAGAUAAAUAAUGACUACAAGGACAUCGUAUUCGCUGAGAAACCAAGUCCUGAAUCCUUCAUCCAGGUAGAUUUCAGUUUACCAAGUUUGAAUUAUUCUCAUAAUCCUCUGUUGGAGGCUGGAAGUGACCAUAACAUCAAUUUCAUAGCUGCCCCUUCCUUCGGAAGCAACGUAGAAAUAAUGCAUAAGGGUGAAGUGUCGGACGAUAACCUUGAUAUCUCUAAUACUUACGUGAAAAUUGGAAAAACUGAAGCUCAGGUUCAUGCUUCUGAUGAUGUUGCUUCAUCAAUAAUAGCUCAACCGAUAAGUGCGCCAGAUAUGGAUAACAUGAAAGUCUUUUCGCAUAUCGAACAUCCGAUGCAACCUGACAUAUUAACCUAUACUCCACUGACGUUGCAAACCAUUCAAGAUAUGCAGACGAUGCAACCUCCUCCAAUAACAAUGAGUCCAAUUUUCACCAAACCUAGUUCUCCAAUGAUAAUACCAAAGAGAGAAAAACAUGAAGAUUCAAACGAAGUUAUACCUACUAAAACCACUGAAUUUAAGUCUCAGUCGUCUGAUAGAAUGAACGUUGAAACAACAACCGAAUUCAUCACCACAACCUCUACAGCCUUAACAACAGACCCACUUUUCAAACACUAUAAGCAACCUUUAGAGCCUAUGAGUGGGCCUUUGUAUCUGAUAAUUCAAGGCCAUUCCAAAGUGAAAACUUAUGGAGCUAGCAAAGCCAUCCACGGCAUAGCAAUCCAAGAAACAAACGAGAUAUCGGAUGGAAGGGAAGGAAAGAAAAAUUAUGAGGUGGAACACCUACAUCAUUACCCUCCAAAAAUGGAGGAGGACAAAAAGUUUCGACAUGGCAGAUCUGAAACCCUUCAGACCCUGAAACAUGUUGUUGAGACAGGACUUGGUGCCAUAAAAACGUCCGAUUUUCAAGAUGGCGAAACUGACGUAGACAGAGCAGAUACGCAAGAAACGGAAUUGCAAUCUGGAUUCGAGGUAUCUUCAGGAUCUGUUUCCGAGGAGAAAUAUCACAAAGGCAUAGUGGAGGCUGCAAGAAAACUGAAGAAUUUCAAUGGAAAUAGAAAACUUUGAUACGACUGAAUGUUUUAAUUCAAUUAACGAUUUAAACGUUGCUAAAGAGGCUAAAUUCAAAAAUGAUUGUGAUUUAAAAUUAGGUUUUAAGUCUUAUAUUUAAAUUUAUUUAUUGUUGUAUGGAGUGAUUUUUCUCAAUAAAAACAAUUUCGAUGGAAA